GAACGAUUGUCGCCUUCCCCACUACACGGGGAUGGCUCUAGGGCAGACGAAUGACGACGGUAAACAUGGUCCAGAUACAUAUACGGCAUUAUUUAUUUCGCACAACCCAAUUCGAAUCAUUUGCUUUCUGACCUCAACGGAUUUGAUUAGAUAUCAAGAAUUCUUCAAGUUUGAGUGACACGACCUAGAGGACUCCUCGUUUAACUUUUACCCUAUCGACACGGAAAAUGAGCUACCAAGAUGGAGGGGACCAUGACAAGGCGACGGUACAUGGCGUCGAGCACAAGAACGGCGGAGGUAAUGAUAUCACCUCGAAUUUGCAGAGGCAGUUUGCCAGCUCAACACCGGAGUAUCAUCAACAUAUGACCAAGAGGCUUCUAAGAAAGGUUGACCUCCAUCUUUUACCGUUACUGAUCCUGAUGUAUCUACUCAACUUUCUGGAUCGAAAUAAUUUAUCGCAGGCGAGACUUGGCACAUUAGAAGCCGACCUUGGCAUGACUGGAACCGAUUUCAAUCUGGCAACUAGUAUUCUUUUUGUUGGUUAUCUACUUAUGCAGCUGCCGUCGAACCUUAUCAUCACCCGAGUUCGGCCUUCUUGGUACCUAGGAAUUGCAAUGACAAUAUGGGGAACCAUAUCAGCAUCGCAGGCUGCGGCCCAUUCCUUUGGAGGCCUCAUUGCUUGCCGUUUCUUCCUGGGCUUCGCUGAAGCACCUUUUUUCCCCGGGGCCAUCUUUCUCAUGAGUUCUUGGUACACCCGAAAAGAGUUGACCCAUCGGAUAGCAUGGUUCUACGCAGGAUCUUCACUCGCGAAUGCUUUUGGUGGUCUCCUUGGAGCUGCGGUACUUGGAAACCUGAGCGGCGCUCACGGAAUCUCUGGAUGGCGUUGGCUAUUUAUCAUAGAAGGUGUCAUUACGAUUGGUGUAGCAAUAUGUGCAGCUUUUGUCCUGCCUGACUACCCCGCAACAACCAAGUGGUUGUCUGAGGAGGAAAAAGCGUAUGCCCAGUGGAGGCUAAUCGAAGAUAUUGGAGAAGCAGAUAAUGGUGGCGCAUCAUCCAUCAGAGAUGGAGUCAAGCUGGCUCUGAAGGACCCUAGAUUGUAUCUGUUUACCCUCCUCCAGCAUACAAGUCUGCUUUCGCAAUCGUUCCAGUACUUCUUUCCCACCAUUGUCAAAACUUUGGGUUAUGGAAAUAUCGAAACACUUCUCAUCACCGCCCCCGUCUGGAUUGGGACAUUCCUGGUGUCGCUCGUGGUCACUCAUACCUCGGGCAAGUACGAAGACAGAAGUAUACACAUCAUCUGUCUAAUGCUUAUUUCCGUAAUUGGCAAUAUAAUUGUUGUCUCGUCACUCAAUACCGGCGUCCGGUUCUUCGCGAUGUUCUUAAUGCCAAUGGGUGCAGUUUCGGCCUAUCAGAUCAUUAUAGCGUGGGUAUCGAACAGCUUUCCGCGCCCCCUCGUGAAGAGAUCAGCUUGCAUUUCAAUCGCCAAUAUGAUUGGAAACUGUUCAAACAUCUAUGGAUCAUACAGUAAGCCCCAACCCCAAAGAUUGGAUGUAUCCAUCAUCUGACGGGCC